UCCCCCUGCUCCUCUCCCUUGAGCCCCGCCAGACCCCGCUCCGCCCGCGCCCCGCUCCACUGCCGAGGCUCCCGCAGCCCCGGCGUCGGCCCCGCUGCGCCCUCCCCGGGGGCUAUGGGGGCGCCCCCGGGCUACCGACCGUCCGCUUGGGUGCAUCUGCUUCACCAGCUGCCCCGCGCCGACUUCCAGCUCCGCCCGGUACCCAGCGGUUUCGCGCCCCAAGAGCAAGAAUACCAGCAGGCCCUGUUGCUGGUGGCGGCCUUGGCAGGCCUGGGCUUGGGCCUGAGCCUCAUUUUCAUUGCUGUCUACCUCAUCCGCUUCUGCUGCUGCCGGCCCCCAGAGCCCCCCGGGGCCAAAAGCCCUCCACCCGGGGGAGGCUGUGUCACCUGGAGCUGCAUCGCUGCCCUUCUCGUCGGCUGCGCCGGCAUUGGCAUCGGUUUCUAUGGCAACAGCGAGACCAGUGAUGGGGUGUCCCAGCUCAGCUCGGCACUGCUGCAUGCCAACCAUACGCUCAGCGCCAUAGACCACCUGGUGUCAGAGACAGUGGAGAGGCUGGGUGAGGCCGUGAGGACAGAGCUGACCACCCUGGAGGAAGUGCUGGCUCAGCGUACGGAGCUGGUGGCUGCCGCCCGCGGGGCUCGGCGGGAGGCAGAGGCCGUGGCCCGGCAGCUCCAGGAGCUGGCCUUCUGGAGGGGAGUGCCCUUGAGCCCUCUGCAAGUGGCUGAAGAUGUGUCCUUUGUGGAGGAGUACAGGUGGCUGGCCUAUGUUCUCCUGCUGCUCCUGGAGCUGCUUGUCUGUCUUUUCACCCUCCUGGGCCUGGCAAAGCAGAGCAAGUGGCUGGUGAUCGUGAUGACAGUGAUGAGUCUCCUGGUUCUUGUCUUGAGCUGGGGCUCCAUGGGGCUGGAGGCAGCUACAGCUGUGGGCCUCAGUGACUUCUGCUCCAGUCCUGACACCUACAUCCUGAACCUGACCCAGGAGGAAACUGGGCUCAGCUCAGACAUCCUGAGCUAUUACUUCCUCUGCCACCAGGCGGUCUCCAACCCCUUUCAGCAGAGGCUGACUCUGUCGCAGCGAGCUCUGGCCAACAUCCACUCCCAGCUGCAGGGCCUCGAGCGGGAAGCUGUCCCCCAGUUCCCUUCUGCGCAGAAGCCUCUACUGUCCCUGGAGGAGACGCUGAAUGUGACGGAAGGCAACUUCCACCAGCUGGUGGCGCUGCUGCACUGCCGCGGCCUGCACAAGGAUUACGGCGCUGCCCUGCGGGGCCUGUGUGAGGAUGCCCUGGAAGGCCUGCUCUUCCUGCUGCUCUUCUCCCUGCUGUCUGCGGGGGCCCUGGCCACUGCCCUCUGCAGCCUGCCUCGUGCCUGGGCUCUCUUCCCGCCCAGUGACGACUAUGAUGACACAGAUGAUGACGACCCUUUCAACCCUCAGGAAUCCAAGCGCUUCGUGCAGUGGCAGUCAUCUAUCUGAGCCCCUCUUCCCUGCCAGACUGGAGACUGGGCCCCCACCCCGUUCCUUCCCUGGCUGCCGGAGGAGACCCCACUAACCUAGCCUGAUGGUGCUCUCAGCAAGAACAGCACCUCUGGCCACGGACAGCCACAUGGGACUGCCUCCCUGCCCUGCCCCUUCUCCUACACGCCCUU